CCGAGAAAACACCGCGUUGCAUUGUGGGACACAUAGUAAGAUGGAUGCGGCCGUGAAGAGCAUGUUGAAGCGUCAAUAAAACGCAUAUUUUAGCGUUUUAUCUUCGAAAUCCACGAUUUGUUACAGUGAUAGCGAAUUAUUGCAUUUGAAUACGACUGUCGACACGCGUCCAAAAAGAAAACUACAGCCAUGUCUGUACUGGGAGGUUUGUUGAGGGCUGGCGCGUUCUUCUGUCAAUCUGCUGGGACUCUGCUGCACACAGCCAGGACCAUCUCUACAGGUACGUGCUGUAAGGCAAAGAUGCAUCCCAUUCCUAAGGAAAAGACGGUGGACAGGUGGAAUGAGAAGAGGAGCGCUUACGGAGUUUAUGAUAACAUAGGCAUCUUGGGGGACUUUAAAGCUCAUCCCAAAGACCUAAUUGUGGCGCCCUGCUGGCUGAAGGCUUUCAGAGGUAAUGAGCUACAGCGCCUAAUCAGAAAGAAGAAGAUGGUGGGAGACAGAAUGAUGACUCUGGACAAACACAACUUGGAGAAGAGGAUCCGCUUCCUGUACAGACGCUUCAACCGCACCGGAAAACAUCGUUAACACUGAGCAAACAGUAUGAGGGUGGUGGUGUGAUUUCACCGUGCUUUAGGUUGACAUUUUUUAUAUUAUUGUAUCCAUUCAAAGAGAAUAUUUGUGUCUCUCAGAUUUAUUUCAGUAUUUUUUUCUGGGCAUACUAAUAAACUACAUGUCAGAAAUGAA